AUGGCAUCCGACCACGAUGCCUUCGCCAAUUGGUUGAAGACCCUCGCCCCCGAGGAACUAGCCAAGCUCAAAGCCGUGCAUUCUGCAUCCGCACAGGCGGCAGCCGACACAGCCGUCCAGGAUGACUCUCGGCCUGGCAAUAGUUCUUCCAGCCUUUCCCCACGUAGCUUCCUUGUUUAUCAAAACCAGGAAGCCUUCUAUCAUGCCCAAGAAGGGUGCUAUACAGGUCCCAUUCCAGCCUGCUUCGAUUACGUCCCGCCUAAGGACGUGGGAGACCUUGAUGGUGCCGACCCUGCCCAGCCUUCUGAUGCUGCCGACCCUGCCCAGCCUUCUCAGGAUCACGAGGCCCAGCCUUCUCAGCCUCCUGCCGAUGCCGGUGCCCAGGCAGUCUCGGAAGAGCCAAUUCAAGCCGGCGGGGAGUACCUCCCCAUGGAAGAGCCUUCGUCAUCCACAGCCUUCCACGCCACACCACAGGCAAGCCUGUUCUCGAUGAUGGGGCAGCUCAUCGACAUGACAGCCGCCCAGUCCAAGCCGAUCAACCGCCAUGAGCUCUGGCAGCUCAUCAAGCGCCCCGACCUAGGCGUGGCCAGGGAAGCCGCCGUGCCUUCUGGCGCCGUCCCGCCUCCCACCAAGACCCCGCCGCCAUCCAAGCCUUCCCAGCCGCAGCCCUCAGAGAAGCCCCCGCAGCAGAAGCGCCCACCCGAAGUCCCUCAGAACUGGAAGCCGCCGGCACAGCAAACAUUCUUGCCCGAUGCAGCCAAGGCAGACCCGCCAACCAAAGCCAUGCCACAGGUGCAGCAAUCCCCGCCGCCCAAACCGAAGGCUGCGGAGCCCGGCACAGCCUACACCGAUGGCGACCGCAGCGGCGCAGAGCACAAAUUCAUGGCUUCCGACCACAAGCCGACCUACUCCGGAACGGAGCGGCCACCCCAGCCUUUUGGGUUAGCCGUGAUCUGGGACGCCCGUACAUGGAUCAACUUCUAUGGCGGGGAGCCCCCAAAGACAGCCGUGGAGAUCGACGUUGGGGCCCACUUUUACACGGUCCAGCCAGGACCUGCUCAGGAUCAGCCUUCCCAGCCUGAGCCUGGCCAGGAGGAGGACUCCGAGUCCUCCGGAAAGGAAGAGGACCUCCCGCCUUGCCCACCGCUGCCGGAGUGGUAUUCAGCGGAUACUGGGGUCCUUCGCUACUGGCACUUCGGUGCCACGGGCCAAGCUAACCCCCGCCAAAUGGGGAAGCAGUCGGUCCCAGCCCUUUGCCUUCAGGACAUGAAAGCCCUCCCAGAGUCUUUGGUCGACAAGCGGAAGAAUGUCACCAUCGACCCGCCCUCCAAGCCGUACCUCUACAAGCCGCCGGCCCUGGCCCAUCCAAGGCUGCCCUGCCCUAACAUGCGCAACUGCAUCAUUGUCCCCAGCCUUACCUUGCCUCACACCUUCGACCUGCACCCAGCCUUCGCCAGGAUGUAUUUUCUGGGCAGCCGUGGUGAGAUGCGUUGUGGCCUUCCAUGCUCGACCGUGCCUUUCUGUCCUUACCAUUCAGCCUGCGGACGCGAAAUCACCGAAGGGACCGUCGAGCAUCGGGACAAGCACUCCGGCCAUGAAUGUUCGCGCUGCAAAGAAUUUACAGACCUUGGUCGCAGCCCUUUUGAAUGGUUUUCUGCCGUACCCACCCAGGCCGCCUUGGGGCGCACGGCAUUUUUUGCGCCGCACGACCGCCGCCAUCGGACCAGCCUGGCCUUUCAGCGGCGACCUCAGCCUCUGCACGUGCUCUGCAACGUUUGUCCUUGUGCAUGCCUUCAGCCGAUCAUGGAUCCAGACACAGACCCGGACGACCUUAGCAACCUAGAAUCAUGGAGCCCAGUCAACAGCCUGCACAGCGAUGCUCAGCGAACAGGAAGGAGCCCCAGCCGGGAGAGCCGCGUGUCACCAACGCAAGAACGGGCCACAGUGGUCCGCGCCGACAAGCAUGUUCUCCUACCCCUGCAGUCGGCGCCCAAGACACGGACCUUUACGGCUCAGACCGACACGGACAGACGAGAAGCCCUGCCUCUGCCACUUGCCGUGGUCGUCGCCUGGGAACGCCGCCUUUGCCAGGAGGAGUGGGGGUUGGCGCCGUCGCGCCCAAUUGCCAGGGGAGGACAGCACCCGACAGUGGAGCCGCCUUUUUCAGUCACCUCGUCACCGCCACCCAACGCCUUCCAGCUCUCCGCCCUCGGAAAGGGCCUAGACAGGUUCAUCUACUCACGUGAAGCCGAAUUGGAGCAGGUUAGGCCCGAAACCCAACCGGCCACCGCGGAAAGUGCCGAUACUCCGUCGAUACCGAGCAAUGGGCCAUCGGAGCAGAGAACACCCGGGGCCAACAGCCUCCCCCCGACCAUACCCGCAGACGAUAUCGAGGCCCUGCUAGUGGAGAGUUUCGCGGCCUCACAAGCCGACUCAUCCGACUCGGAGGAACACACCACCCUGCCGACAGUGGAAGAAAUAGUUAUCUUCCAAAACGGUUCCACAUGCCUACGCCAUGCCCGCGACGCCAACGUCUGCGCCAUUGACCUAUCGCGAGAAGACAGCCAGGAUCUGCCCGACCUUCUCCUUCAGGCGAUUUGGUCACGGGUGGUUCUAGGCCUCAUUGCAGACCUCAGCUCGCUCACCCCACACCUCGACGAAGCAUGUGCCUUUUUGCAAGCCAUCCGCUCCUCCGGAGCAUCCGCCUUGCUAUUUCUGCCGGCAGAUCAUUUCCUCUUCCAGGCGCCACCGUUCUGCGAAGCACUCCACGACGGGGGGCUAUUUCUAUGCCCGGAACCAGAUUCAGAGAGGAUUCUCAUAGCCACAGCUCCCUUGCCCACGUGGCCUUGCGUCGACCCGGGUCUUGCAGCUCUGGAGGCAGCAGGACGAUUUGCUGCCAUGCCACUCUCUACCACACCAGCUCAGCCUCCAACUCUAGCAUCCGCCCUACAAUGCCAUGGAGAACUGGCACAUGACAGGGCCCCCAUCUGUGAUGGCGCUGGCAACACCAGCUCCGCGGACUGGAGCCGACCUCAGCCGAGUCCUGCAGCCAUGCAAGACAUUAUGCAAGCCUGGCUCAAAUGGGUCAUGGAAUGGGACUACGACUCCAUGACGCAAGCAGCCGAAGGAGUCUUUGACCCCAUUGAGCCCUCGGGGCUGUGGCCACCAGCCAAGAUCCAGCAGCAAUUGCUCUAUCUCUCCUCGGAUGUGGACAGCCUACGUUGGUUACUGCCACGCAUUGAAGCCAUCCCGACAACAAGCCUCUCACUUCCGCCCCUUGUCGCGUGCCUAGCCAGAGCUGACGCCAUGGCUGAAGGGGAUAGAGUUGGCAUCGGAGGAUGGAUCACCACCAAACACAGCAUGGCCUGGUUUGCCGAAGCCUGGACCAUGGACGAGGUGAGGAGCACAUGGCCUUUUCUCACCAAGGAUGCCCAGAAAUAUAUUGCCUGCUUCGAGACGCUAGCUCAGCUUGCACUUGCCAUGACAGCCCGAGAACGCCACGCCUUCUCGCAGUUUUCGGUCUGUUUGCCGUCGCAGAGCGACAACACGCCAUCAGAGGCGGGCAUCAACAAGCUUUUCACAACCAGCUGGCCCCUCUCGCAGUUCCUACAGCUGAUAGCUUCGUGGUCAUCCUGCCAUGGCGUUGACCUACAAGUUUCUCCCGUUGCAGGAGCACACAACCAAUGGGCGGACGACCUCAGCCGAGGUCGGCUUCAAGCCUUCAGCCACAGACCUCAAGAACGAGUUCGGGUCAGCCUUGACCGACUUGCAUCCGCGGCCUCCCAGGCCACCUGGUCCACCUCCACCGCCCGCGGUGGGGGAUACUCGCCUGCUGCCUUACCGGUUGGAUCUGUCCCUGAAGUGGGGGAGUUUAUGCCUUGGCUAGCCCUCUCGACCUUGGCACCUCCGGGUAUCGACUUCGGUCCCAGCCUCAGCCUUGAGUGGGCCUUCUUGCUGCCGGAUGCUCGCACAAGCCGAGCUUACUCCGUCGCCACGGAUCGCCUGACUCAGGCGGCUCCGUCUAGUACGUUCGUCUCCGAGCUCACCGACUUCAUGCUGACGCCAAACGUGAUGCCUUCUCAGUUUUCACCAAAGUUUCACGGAGCCCGACUCGCCUGCCCCAGGUAA